GGGGUGGGAGGAUGGGCAAGGAAAGAGGGAGCUUGACAGAACCUCACUUUGUAACAUAUAGAAAUAUACACUCUAUGUAUUUAUUUUGCUCAGGACAAACAAUUUAGAUCAGAUCACUCGUGUAAUUUUGUUAUUUUUGUUACAGUGGAGGCCAGUUGUGAAGUCCAUGUUGAAAUAUUGAACUGACAUGAUGGAAAUCCCAAUUUUUGCCCUUUGCACAUUUAUGUCUGUAGUAAAUGAAGCUUUACUUAUUGAUUGAGGAGGUCACCUUGAGAUAAAUAUCUCUUUUACAAGAAAUACAUGAGAACAAAUUACAUACAACAUCAGGACAGCCCAGUUAGACAAAGCAGCCAUCACACACACAGGCAUGCUUUUUAAAACAAUCAUAAUGUUUUGCAGUUUAUUCCAGAAGUAAGGUGAACAGUACCAGACAUCACUCUUCCCCAGUUCAGUGUUGGUACGAGACUUUAAUAGUUGACCUAUGGCUGUGUGAUCUGGUGUCACUGGCAUGCACAAUAGCACAACAACCCUGAAAUCAAGCAUUUAAAUGAAAUUCAGUAUGCUGCAAAUUAUCCUAUGUGUGACAUCCACUGACAAAUUGUUCAUGUGAACAUCCAGACUGGCACAGUCACAUAAUAGUCACAUGCAGUAGCCACAUAUUUAAAUCACAACUAUCACAGACAGACAGACAGACAGACACUUUAUUUAUCCCCUAGGGGAAACUCAUAUAUCCUUUAGCUCAUUGUUCAUAAUAACUUGUGAAAUACUUUCACACGUACAUGUUAAAAGGAAAAAAUAUAACGCAAAGAAGAAGCCCUGUACCCUUACUUGUGCAUAUACAGUAUGAACAAUGUGAAACAAAGUGGUUGGUUUUACAGUUAGAAAAACAAUUUAUACCUCCACACGCUGGGUGGCGAUAAAACAAAUUACAUCUCAACAACAAACCACAGAGGAAGCCUCGUCUCUAGGAUACAGCGGAUAGCGUUCCUGCCUGACAUGAGUGUGGGGAUGCUGCCGGUGGAGCAUUUUCGCCUCAAGCAUGUCCUGCAGGCAGUAUGUGGGCUGGAGGCAGUCGUCCUUCGCAGUUUUGGCCCAGAGGGAGGACAGGUGCUGUUCACCAGAGACACAGGACAGGCCAUGUUGAGCCGAAGCGGGACACGCAUUCUCACAGCACUACGACUUGAGCAUCCACUGGCUAGGAUGGUAGUGGAGUGUGUCUGGAAGCAUAGCACUGUAACAGGAGAUGGAUCUAAGACCUUUAUCCUACUGCUGGCGUCAUUGCUACGGAUGAUUCAUACAAUGGCCUGCAAGGAGCCUAAUGUGUCUCACACUUAUAACUCCAGGGAAGCAGCCAAGGCUGCCACUGCCAGGUGCUUGGCUGACGAACUGCUGGCAUUUGCAUUGGAGGAAAUGGAUGAUCUCAUUGCUAUAGGAGUGGUCCCUUAUGGAUUCUGUGAUUUGUGGGAAGAUUUCACUGCAGAAACACAAUCACCAGCUCAUACAAACAAUCAUGGAGUGCAAAAGCUGCUAGCAUCAUUCUUUCAUACUCGUCUUGGUCAAAUCCACUGUGACUACAUAAGUAACCUGGCAUGUCAACUACUCAGGCAUUUGAAAUUUAAAAAGGACCAACCUUUUUUAGCACUUCAGUUUGUAAAUGACAACUUCCCUGCACUGCAUACACCUGUAUCAGGCUUCCCUAUUAGCUGUUCACGUUUGAUUGAGGGGCAGGUCAUUCACAGGGACUUUGCUAUGCCCUGCGCUCGCACUGACCAACAGCCAGUUAAAGCUGUAGUUUUCACCGGGUAUCUGCAGCCACAAUUGGUCAGUGCAGGAGAUGUGCUUGAGGUGGGAUGUGGAAACCACAUGAUAGCGGAGAAUUCAAGGAAGGAGAAAAGUAUUGUGGAGUUUAGUGCGUGGUCAGAAAGGUCACUAGAAAGUGUUAUUGCAAAUCUGCAGAGUUUGGGUGUCUCUGUGCUUCUGUCUGCAGUGAAACAGUCUGCUGCUGUCAUGGCUUUAGCUGCACAGGCAGAGAUGUGUGUUGUGGAGUGUAUCAGUGAAGAUGAGCUGUCUCUCUUUGCCCAGCUAAGUGGGACAACACCUGUCUCAGACUGCUGGAUCAUUGAAACAGUGAAUGUUGCUACUCUGACCUUUUGCCGUCCAAUACUACUGGGAGUCCAUAGAUAUGUCCAUGUGGCUUUCCAUGAUUUAGAGGAAAGGGUUAUGGUCAGACCCUCUAGUCUGGUCGUUUGUGGCCCAGGGGAAGGGCAAACAGACCAGUAUGCCUGUGCGUUUCAAGAUGCCAUCCGCAUGCUCCUUACAACUUGCAAACCCGUGGGUAUGACUGAGGCUACAAUAUCAAAAAGGACCUUACAGUCACAGAGAAGCAUAUCUUUACAUACAGAUGAUCGCUCUAAUAAAAUCGCCUACAACUCCUUCCAGCAGCGUGUGCUGGUGCCCAGCUGCGUUAUACCUGCAGGUGGGACAUUUGAGUUUCUCUUAAAUCAUGCCCUCUUACAUCAUGGCCGCAGUUCCUCAGUUUCUGACAGCACAAAUAUCCCUGCUGUUUCACAGCUCUUGGCAAAUGUUUUACUGAGUGUGCCACAACAGAUUUACUCUCAUAGUCCGCAACAUUUCCUGCAGAUUCAAUCCAGGGUCAUGAGUUUUAUUCCUAAUAAUUCCCACGCUUUCAACCUCCUAUACAAACAAGAACACAACAUAAGCCUCGUACAGGAUCAUGUUACUAGUGAAUUUCCUCUGAAGGAUGGUAAACUAAGUAUGCAUUGUUGCAGAAAGGCUGACAUGUCAUCAAAAAUUUUUAUGUCUGACUUGGGCCUUGAAUCUGUCUCCUGUAAAUAUGAGCUGCUUCUGGCCGUCCUGCAGUGUGUCACAAGUCUUCUUCGAGUGGACACGGUGCUGUGUACACACACAGCCUUACACACACAGUCACGCAGACUCACAAACAUUUCCUGGGAGGGCACAGAGGAUGAGGCUGAGGACUGAGAUUGUAUUGUAUCCCAUAAACAUAUUUUCUCUUUUCAUAGUUUCUCAGGUAUCAAAAGUUGGAGGAAAUAAUUUGCACUUUAUUGCAGACUGCUACAGACAUUUUUGUAUGGCCAUUGCAUUUUUUUCUUUAUCCCAAUGCAAUACAGUGUAUAUGUAAUGCAUUUAUUUGUAAUGCAAGUCCACUGCACUCCUACAGAGAUACUAAAAUUACAUUUCAUGGCAGUACUGUUGUAUGGUGCUGUUUAUAGGCCAAUAAAAUUUGAAGGUAGUUCUGUACCAUUCUGUUAUGAAGCAAGGCUAGGUUUGGCAAUAACAGUGAAAAAGAAGGACUAAUAUGUGCAAAGUACAGAGUGUGCAGUUGUUAUCAAAUCAUUUUAAGCAAGUGAGGGAGUAAGUGUUGAUAUUGGCCUCUUUCCUUUUAACGUCUCAUUGUGGUUCCUUUUUUUUUUUUUUAACAUUUCUCCUCCUUAUCUCAGUUUUCCUGCCCUCUUCCUUUGGCCAGUAAACAUUCUGUUAUAUAAAAAGCAUACACACUGGACACAUCUCUUAACAAAUUUACACCCUACUUUUUAUAAUCAGUGUUAUCUCCAUAAUGGGGGUGGGGUAUCUGAAUGGCAUCACAAGGCUGUCAACAACCAAAUCAAAGUGUACUUCCUUGCGCUGUAAUCAGGAGAGUGAUAAGUCUAUUCUCACCUCUUUUUAGGGAAAUGGUGAGUCAUUAGACGUUAACUAGGGUCACUGCCAUACAUAAGUGUUUACUGUUUACGGUAAUCACUCUGUGAAACUAGUUUUGAACACAAAUUUUCCAUAAAUGAAUUGUGCUGGGAAGAGUUCUUGGCAUUGUUUCUGUUUUGAAGUGUGUCUCAACAUGAAUCCUGUUGAUAGUUGCUGCAUGAGUCACAUGUGAUGGUUGCAAAAAUCAAAGAGGGGAAAGCUGGGGAUGUUAUUUUUCCACUGUGCACGCAGAAGCGAACCUAAAUAUUGUUUUUAGUUUUAUCAAGGCAUCUACACCCUGCUAACCCUAGCAUGCCCCUAAUGUCUUACAUAUCUUAAUGUAACACGCCAAACAGUCAAUUUAAUUUUGAUGAUUUGUUUUGUAUACUUAAUGAACUUAAGUCAGUGACCUGCUGAAAACAAGCCUAAUAAAACAUUUCAGCUAAUA